CCGCGCAAGCAGGUGCACACGGGAUCGGAAUGGAGGAAGAGAGGGAAAACCAGGAUCCGGAGCAGCUGAUCGCAGAGUCCGGGGACAGGAAAGACGCGGGGGCGAGCCGGGGACCCUCCGAGCCAGAGAAGGCCGGAGGCCCGGAGGAGGAGAAGGCCAGAACUGGAAAGAAAGCUUACAGCUGUAAUGAGUGCGGUUCAGUUUUCACCCGGUUAGGCCAUCUAAACAGGCACUGGCGCAUUCACACAGGAGAGAGGCCGUACCACUGUGAAGAAUGCGGGAAAGAUUUUGCAGUGAUGAGUAGUUUGAAACAACAUAAGCGAACUCACAGCGGAGAGAAACCGUACAGCUGCGAUCAGUGUGGUUCGGCUUUCACUCAGUCGGGUCAUCUAAAGAAGCACCAGCGUAUCCAUACCGGAGAGAAACGAUGCACCUGCGAAGAAUGUGGGAGAACGUUCACGUAUCUGAGCGACUUUAAACGACACAGACAGACUCUGGAGCUUGAAAAAGGC